ACUGAAUGACAAAACACUUGACAUCGCAUUGAAUGCACUGUUUAUACGACUUUUAACUAUCAUUUAAAGCACUAAUCAUUAACACGAAAGCCAUUAAUUGUAUGACAAGUGCAGUGAAUAUAGUGUGUAAUCAUAGCAUACAUUGCAGUCACUGUUCACACAGUGUUUAGUCUAUUUGUAAUCAAAGUGUGUAUUGAGUGCUAAAAUGGACCAUUCCUCUGGUGUCUCAUUAUCUCGUCAGUGAAUACAGCGUUGGCGACAACAACACCACACGUGGAUAUCAUGGGCUCCACACCAGACAUACCGUCGCAGAUGUUGCACAAG